GUUUCUGGUUGGCCUGUACUUCCCGAGAUACUCCCGACGUUGUCCGGACACAUGCCGCACCAGCCCGUGAGGCUAGCUAUGCACCCACACCUCGGCCGUGAUACACACCACCAUGGCGAGCCAGCUACAGUACCGCAAGACAGUUAGACAGUCGUCACUGCACGCCAGACUUGGUGCAAUGCAUGCUGCCGAUAUGGUGCAUUUGCGCCCUUUGAACCGCAGCAUACCGUUCUACAUGCUCUUCUUGAGUGACACACCAAGUCGGCGUGACGAGGAUGACGGCGAUGCUGCGAGCGGCAUAGAUCUUAGGAGUGCUGCACAGGCGGAGGCGGAGGUGACGGGGUUAGGGAUGCUUCAAGCGGCGUGGGAGCGUGAGGAGCUGCUGCGCGUGCGUCCUGUGGACCGUGCUCCGGUGAUGCGUCUUUCGCGGACGAUCGACUCCGUUGAUGACUGCGACGCGUAUCACCAAACCGCGGGGCAGCGGUAGUAGUCGGAGGAGGUCCUUGGCCUUCGUGCUGUGUGUUCACCGAAACUCUGGCGAGGGGAGCGGCCCGCGCCGGAGGACUCGUGUUGCCAUGAACACCCGGCAACUGAACCGGGCCAGCCUUCUCAUGAGUACGUUGACCUCCAUCGUUCUCCAUGAUUGUUUAGCAGCGGUUGUGAGUGUAGUAAUGUGGUGGUAGCCUUGCGGUGGGGGUGGAGGCGGAAGGUCUGAUGUAGGUUGUGCCGAGCGGGACCAAGUCUGCUGCCGAAAAGAGCCGAAAAGGGGGCUCCGCCGUGGUAAAAUACUGCGUUCCUGGAAGUUUCUGCGUGAUCAAGACCACAAAUAUUUCACUCGCAUCUUCGCAAGCUGUUUUCGAAAUCAAAUUUUGAUCUCAUCUCGAACUUCCUGGCAACUUCGAAGAUGAAAUCCCAACACCAGUCCGCAAACACCCUAAUGACUGGGCUAUUCGACCAACAGACCACCAGCAGACCACGCUCACGAACACGCGUCACCAAUCACCAACACCCCGCACUCGAGUUCCGACGCUUCCGACGGCGGGCGGAGGCGGACCUAACACUGCUAACGCGGCGGAACUCUCAUUUGAAGUAGAUCUCGCUCCUGCAAGAAGAUCUCGCCCCUGCAAGUAGAUCUCGCCUUCAACCCACCAAGUCUCUCGUGGUUAAUCUCGGCACUCGUGCCUCAACGGUAGACUGGCAUCGGCAGAAUAUGAGCGAUGAAGUCGACAACACCGCGGUCCUCGCGCAAGGCGCGUGCUACUUCACCACCAGCCAUCUUAGGACAGCGUUCAUGCUGCGUGUACCACCACUCUCUCUAUCUUUCCCCAUCUCCUGUGGCAAGUCCGCAGUUCCUUGUCUCUCCCACGUACUCACGAGAGGUCGAAGUCAAGGAAGUAUUAUCGCUGUUUAAUCUGAGGUCCCACGGCAUCCACUGCUUGCUGCUGCUGCAUUACUGCACGAUCCUCUUCCUAUACAACAAUGUGUCAUAUAUCUCCGGCCUUCUUGAUCGAGACAUAACCACGGCAUCCACUGCGUGCUGCUGCUGCAUUGCUGUGUACGAACGACCCUCUGCGUACACAACAACGUGCCAUACAUCUCCGGUCUUGAUGAGUCUAUACAUGUAUUCCAGACGAAAGCGACACCCUGAUGCUUCUGUGCCUGAUGCUUCCGUGGACAUAUUUGAGCUGCGUCAUGUAUUUGUGUGCAGCUCAAGUGAUCACGUGAGGUAUUGAGAGGUAUUCAUCCACCGCCGCCCGCCUGGCCCUCGCCCUCCUCCCUCUCCGAAACGAAACGAGAACCGAGAGACUUCCGCCGUCGGCGGUGGGUUGCAGGAGGAGUCUUCUUGUAGGAGAGAGAUCCACUUCAAACGAGAGUUCCGCCGCGUUAGCAGCGUUAGGUCCGC